AUGGCUCGAAGCUCCUCGCCUUCGCAGGGCAGCCUGCGACAGAGAGGCGCGCCAUCAAAGAAACCCUCUGAAGAGUCCUUCAACCCCAACCCUGAGCUUGACAAGCUUGCUAAGGCUGGUGCUCAACGGGCCGCUGCCCAGAGCGAGACCGAGCACAAGAUUGGUCUUGCCGUCAUCACUAUCUUGUCCUUCGUGACUCGAUUCUGGGGUAUCAGCCACCCUAACGAGGUUGUGUUUGACGAGGUGCACUUUGGAAAGUUCGCUUCCUAUUACCUCGAGCGAACCUACUUCUUCGAUGUCCACCCUCCUUUCGGCAAGCUCCUCUUCGCCUUUGUCGGCUGGCUGGUCGGUUACGAUGGCCACUUCCACUUCGAUAACAUUGGUGACUCCUACAUCGCGAAUAAGAUCCCCUACGUGGCUUUCCGAGCUUUGCCUGCCACCCUCGGCGCCCUGACUGUCGCCGUUACAUACCUCAUCAUGUGGGAGUCUGGCUACAGUCUUCCCGCCUGUGUCCUCGCCGCCGGUCUUCUCCUUCUUGACAAUGCCCAUAUUGGACAGACCCGACUUAUCCUCUUGGAUGCUACUCUCGUUCUCGCCAUGGCUUGCAGUCUUCUUUUCUACAUCAAGUGGUACAAGCUUCGACAUGAGCCCUUCUCCCGCAAGUGGUGGAAGUGGCUUAUCCUUACCGGUUUCGCUCUUUCUUGCGAUAUCUCGGUCAAGUACGUCGGUGUCUUUGCUUUCGUUACCAUUGGCUGUGCCGUCGUUAUCGACCUCUGGGAUCUUCUCAACAUCAACCGCCCCGGCGGUGCUAUUAGUAUGCAAGAGUUCGGCAAGCACUUUGCUGCCCGUGCCUUUGGCCUGAUCGUCCUGCCUUUCUUGUUCUACCUUUUUUGGUUCCAGGUUCACUUCGCUGUUCUCUACCGAUCUGGUCCUGGUGACGACUUCAUGACGCCCGAAUUCCAGGAGACCCUUAGCGACAACGUCAUGUUGGCCAAUGCGAUUGACAUCCAGUACUACGACAGCAUCACUAUUCGACACAAGGAGACCAAGACCUACCUCCACAGUCACGAGGACCGCUACCCCCUUCGAUACGACGACGGCCGUGUUUCCAGCCAGGGCCAGCAGAUCACCGGCUACCCUUACAAUGACACCAACAACUACUGGGAGAUCUGGCCCGCUGACAACAACAAGACGCCUGGCCGCAUCGUCAAGAACCACGACUUGGUCCGUCUUCGCCACGUUGGUACUGACAAGAUCCUCCUCUCUCACGAUGUUGCCUCUCCUUACUACCCCACCAACCAGGAGUUCACAGCUGUCACACCUGAAGAGGCUCUCGGCAAGCGCGAGAAGGAAACCCUCUUUGAGGUUCGCCUUGAGCACGGAAAGAAGAACCAAAACUUCAAGUCGGUUGCUGGUCACUUCAAGCUUAUCCACAACCCAAGCAAGGUCGCUAUGUGGACUCACACCAAGCCUCUGCCUGAGUGGGGUUACAAGCAGCAGGAGAUCAACGGUAACAAGCAGAUUGCGCCCAGCUCCAACGUCUGGAUCGCCGAGGACAUUGCUUCGCUUGAGGCCGAUCACCCUCGUCGUCAGAAGCCCGAGCGCAAGGUCAAGUCUCUUCCCUUCCUCCAGAAGUGGUUCGAGCUUCAGCGUGCUAUGUUCUACCACAACAGCAAGCUCACCAGUAGCCACCCCUAUGCCAGCCACCCUUACCAGUGGCCUUUCCUGCUCCGCGGUGUCAGCUUCUGGACUCAGAGUGAAACCCGCCAGCAGAUUUACUUCCUUGGUAACCCAGUCGGUUGGUGGUUGGCCAGCAGUCUUCUCGCCGUGUACGCUGGUAUUCUUCUUGCUGAUCAGGUCUCUCUGCGCCGUGGAAUUGAUGCUCUCGACCGCCGUACCCGGUCUCGCCUGUAUAACUCUACCGGCUUCUUCUUCUUGGCCUGGGCUACCCACUACUUCCCCUUCUUCCUUAUGGGACGACAGCUUUUCUUACAUCAUUACCUUCCAGCUCACCUUGCUUCUUGUCUUGUCGCCGGUGCUCUCCUUGAGUUCAUCUUUAACUCAGAGCCUGCUGAGGAGAUCACCAUCAAGGACAAGAAGGGUCCUGUCAGCCCCAGGCACCACGUCACCGCCCGUGAGCGAUUCUCUGGCCAGAGCAUGGCUUCCGCUUGGAUCGCUUGCGGUGUCGUUCUGGCUCUAGUCGUUGCUGGCUGGUAUUUCUUCCUGCCCCUCACCUAUGGUUAUCCUGGCCUCUCCGUCGAGGCUAUUCUCCGAAGGAAGUGGCUCGGAUACGACCUGCACUUUGCCAAAUAG